AUGUCCAGUUUCGUCGUAGUGGCCAUCGGGACUACAGAAAUCCACAAGGCCAUGUCCACAUCAGCAACCCUUCAGGGGGGAAUGGUCGGCCCGCUGGACAAGCGAAGGCGGGUGACGCGCUGCCUCAGCUGUGCGAAACGGCGCAUCAAGUGCGAAGGGGGGGUUCCAUGUGCUAGUUGCAUUCGAAAAAACACGACGUGCGUUGCCCAGAAGCAAUCGGGCCACGGUAUGGCUGUGUUUGUCAACCAAACCCAGCAAGAUGAUUUUGGUGGCACCCACCGAAAUUCUGGUCAAAAGGACAUGACUAUUAAAAAUCAACAUACUUCAGGGAUCCACCCACUCGAUUUUAUCGGGAAGGAUAACGGUACCCGUCUUCUUGAUUAUUUUGUUUCUUUUAUUCGGCAGAACAAGUUCACAAUGGGCUUCUCAUCAAUAGUUCCGGAGUUGCUUCCUCUAAUUUCGACAUCUCCCCUCCUGUAUCAUGCAGUGGUCGCGGUCGGUGCUUUGGACGCGAACCGGCAUACUGGUGGACGAGCAUUACAGGGAGAGAAACCCCCCUAUGUGGAUGCCAUGACCUCUUACCAUAAGUCCAUUGGUAUUUUGCGGGGGUGUGUCGGAAAAAUUAAUGUUAUGCAAAGAGAGGACAUUCUCUGGGCCACUUUCUUUCUAGGGCUGUUUGAGUUGCUUUCAGACGAUUCAGGCGAAGGCUGGGUCAAGCACAUGCUCUAUGGAACAUCAAAAAUGCUCCAGCUGGCAGGUCCAAGCGAUUGCAUGUCUUCAGCCCGAAGGAUAUUCUACGACCUGUUUCGUAUUCUCGAAGCCAGCCGAGCAUUACUCUUUGAUGAAGAAACAAUCCUUUCUCAGGAAUGCUGGCUUCAACUCCAAAGAACCCUGUCGAGCGAUGCUACUAGAUGGGAACCCCUGGACGAAAUUAUAACGCUCAUGAUUCAGGCAUCUGACUUCAGCCAACGAUCCGGUGCUAUAAUUGAUACCAUUCCUGAAGCAGAACGCUUCACGGAUCCAUCAGUUGCUCUUAUUGCAACUGAAGGACUCGAUGUCCAAGAAACCAUCUAUAACUGGCACACGAAGACGUUGCUGCAGCUGGUCCAAGAUGGUCCCAAUGAAUAUUCAAACUUAGCUUUGCUAUAUUAUCAUGCUCUACUAAUUUUCCUCUCUGGCCACUAUGACUAUUUCACCUACUGGGACAAUAUCCCAGCCCCGGUGUUAUCCCCUGCUGAAAUUUCCGAACACCUGAGUUCGAUCCUGUAUCUCUCGGGCGAUGUCUUGCGCCACUCCAAGAUUCCAGGAGUGAUGCUGUUCUUCCCAGUAACAGUUGCUGGAGCUCGAGCCCGGACAGUUGAUCAACGAUCUGUAAUCCUCAAUCUGCUCGACAUGGUGUUCAGUCGAGGUUUCGUGGUCGCAAACAAGAUACGGGAUGGUUUACUGAAACGGUGGACCUCGAGAGAUCGGGAAGAGACAAUGCAUCUGGCCACAUGA